AAUGAUGUUGUCGCUUUAAGAAAACACGUCACGCAACCCUACGUCGGAAGCCGGAAGUUGACCCACGGAGACGAACCUUCAGCAAAUAAACAAAGAAGUCUAAAGGAAAAGCUUCAAGGUUGUUUUUUUUAUUAGCAAUGGCCGGAAUUAAAGCUCUGGUCGGGCUGUCGUUUAGCGGAGCCAUCGGACUGACGUUUCUGCUGCUGGGCUGUGCCCUGGAGGAGUACGGGGUCUACUGGCCGCUGUUUGUCCUGAUUUUCUACAUUUUGAGCCCAAUUCCCACCUUCAUAUCUCGACGCGUCAGCGAUGACGAUUCUUCCAGCAACGCCUGCAGAGAGCUGGCCUACUUCGUAACCACUGGCAUCGUGGUGUCAUCCUUUGGCCUCCCUAUUGUCUUGGCUCGACACAACACCAUCAAGUGGGGGGCCUGUGGCCUGGUGAUGACAGGAAACGCCGUCAUCUUCCUCACCAUCCUGGGCUUCUUUGUUGUGUUUGGAGGUGGAGAUGACUUCAGCUGGGAGCAGUGGUAGAGGGCUGUGGGAGAAAGCACCGACAGACGGGUGGAGAGAUGGACUGCAUACUGAGGGAUGCUCAGUGUUGGCUUGUGAUAGUAAUGUAUAGAAAACAAGAGUGUGACCUAAACCUGCACAUGAUCAGAUAGGUUAGGUUUAGCAGACUGGUUUGCUGCCUAUGAAUGUGCCUUAUGCUUGGGACCAGAUGGACACUGAUGCCUCUCAUAAACACCCUCCCUAUCCAUCUUGACAUGCAUGUUUCAGCUUGCAUUGCUGUCGAGCACCCCCAAACACUCUUGCAGCUAUCUUCUCUACCAAUAAGCCUCAGUUGUCACCAAUUAAAGCAUCUUAAAGAGUCAUUAUUGCCAUUCACACACUGUUGAGCUCACUCCUGUUGAGGUGUGUAAACAUGAAAAAGUUAUUUUAUUCAACAGUUCUAUUCCAGAGUCGGGUGAAAGAUCUAUCUGGAUGUUUUAGUUUUGCUUUUUGGCUGAAACCGUUUAAUGCCUUGCUUUGUUUACAUGCUCACCAAAGACCCGUUCAGACUGCUACUAUACCACUGGGCUGUGGGGUUAGAUUUGUGCACUGGUCUGAUCCUUAGACCUGAAGAAGUAGCAGCAUUAGUUUCAGAUUCCGGUAAGGAAAACAAAGAGUAGUGACUAAAUAUAAAUUAAUAUAAAAUCACUUUAUGGGUGUUUUUGAGCCCAGCGUAUCUCUCUAUUGUUCUUCAAGCCUAUUUAGGACUGUCUGCUGUAUGUGAUGUAUAUUUCCUUAGCAGUGUGCUUUGAUUUGUUUGGUGUUUAUUUGUUGUCAUCCUAAUUAAUAACGAGGUUCUGUGGUCAGCGCUUUUCACCUCUCAACGUCUGCAGUCAUGUUUUCAGUUCCUGAUUCUUUUAUAUUUGCUUCAUCUCUGCGCAAUCAGUGGGAAUAUGUAUUUUAUGAAUGUAACUGACAUUUUGAAUACAGUCUGUGUGUAGAAUACUGUUUCUAUCUCAACACUAAUCCAGACUCUGAGGGUGUUUUAUGAGAUUUGUUGUCUAACACACAUUAAAACUCUCAUGUAAGAAAA